AUGCCAUCACAAGAAGAAGCACUACUCAAGUCCAAGGAUAGUGAAGAAGAAGAAGAAAGAGAGUAUGAGGAACAAUUGAAUGAUGAAGAUGAAGAGCAGAGCAUCGACAUCAAUGCUUCCCCAAAACAGAGCAUGGAUACACCAAGCCCUAGAGACCCUCGUUUCUCACCAAGAAGUCAAGCUUCUACACUUCCAAGAUUGGAAGCAAUGCAAAGACCAUCACCACCUACUGAAGAAGAAGAUACUUGGCAGUAUGAUCCCAUUGAUCCCAACAAGAUAAGCCCCAUGAAGCUUAAAGAGUUCAAUGCUAAGGUGAAAUCACUUCCAUUCUAUGUCACUUUUGAAGAAGCUUGGGAUAAACAUGGUCUAGUGGAGUUCUUUUUCACAACUAGUGAAAACAAAGAAGAGAUACACCAACUUUUCAGGAAGGCUCGAUUUCCCCUUGCCCCUCAUGCAGUCAAUCAACCACCAUCACCACCAUCUCACCACACCCAAGUGCCAGCAUGUCCUUCCAAACAGCUUGGCGCCACUACCCAUUCACCACCUUUCUUCCACAACUGCAAGGAGACACCUGAGGACAUAAGAGAGCUUUUUGAGAAAGCUAAAGUUCAGCCUACCUUCAAGACCCUCUACAAGAUUGAAGACCCAGGUCAAUUCUCUAUUCCCUGUCAAGUAAAUGGUCAUUACUUUGAUAGAACACUAUGCGAUUCUGGCUCUUGCAUAAACCUCAUGCCAACCCAAACCGCCAAACUCCUUGGCAUCACACGCUUGCAACCUGCUCAAAUUAGUAUUGGACUUGCUAACCAUACUAUAGCCAAGCCAAGAGGAGUUGUUAUUGAUGUUCUUCUAGAGAUUGGAGAUAUCAAGAUCCCGGUGGACUUUCAUGUCAUAAACAUUCAAGGAGGAUGUGACACACCAUUGAUACUAGGCCGACCCUUUUUGGCCACUGCUGGAGCUGUCAUGGACCUUCCAAACCGGCGAAUGUCCUUACCAAUGUUGACAAGACAGUCUUUUACAAGACCAUACCAUUCAUCUCACCAAACAAGCUGUCUUACCUCAUCACUGCCCAAGGCCGCCCAAGAGAGCCACCAGACCACACUCAAGGAAUCUAAGAACCACACAAUGGUAAAGAAGAUAUACCACAAGAAGAAUGUUCAUAGUUGGCGCGACUUGAUGGCCGAGCAGAACCUCUCCACGCUCGCCCAUGUCUUUUGGAGCAUUCUGGAGCAUAUGGGACAUGAGGAGCAUGGAGGGACUUGGCACAUGGAAGCAGCUCAACUGGAUACGCAAAGGAAGAAGGGAGAAGCCAUCUUGAAGACCAGCUCGACCGUCUACUCGACCAACCGGUCGAGUUCCUCAACUCGACCGGCCAAGCUUCAACUCGAUCGAGCUGAGAAGUCAAAGUCAAACCCGAAAAAUGUUGCUUCCCCCUUGACUUUCCUUUGA